UGCUGCUGUCGUCAGUUUCGGGAUUAGUCAAACAGUAGGUGGUGUAUAUUUAUGCCCCUACAUUUAAGAAGCAAUGUUUUCGGCAGUUUUAUAGCAUUCUUUUAAGCUUUAUAAGUACACACGAAGACUAUCUUAACCUAAGGGAAAACCUUUUCAAGCUAUCUUCGGACAAGGGAAGGAAAUAAAGGAUUUCUUUCCGUCUCUUCCUCCUGGUUUAGCCCUUUGUGUUUUCACCGCUGCGUUGGAGCAGCAGCGCCCCUUGCGAGUUAAUCCAGAAUAUCAAGAGGAUAGGGAGCUGAAGCGGCGCUUCUCGUGUCCUGUACGCAGUGGGUCCUUCCAGCUCAGCUGUCCGAUGCGGAGUGAGGAUGAGUCCCGCUCUGGAAGCCCUCAUGCAGGCGGACGGGACUCCUUGUCACAGGAAAGGAGUGAUGCUUGAACCCUUCGUGCACCAGGUAGGAGGCCAUUCCUGUGUGCUCCGAUUUGGGGAUCAAGCCAUCUGCAAGCCCCUCAUCCCCAGGGAGCACCAGUUCUACAAGAGCCUCCCCCCAGAGAUGAGGAAGUUCACGCCUCAGUAUAAAGGAGUAGUGUCAGUCAGUUUUGAAGAAGAUGAGGAGGGUAACCUGUGCCUCAUUGCCUACCCUCUCCACAAUGAGCCAGGGGGCUUUGAAAACAAGGACCUUUCAGAGGACUGUGAGCCCAAGAGCAAGAUCUUGAAGUGGAGCAAGAAGAAGCAGUCUUCAUUGCUUUUGGAGAACGACAAUUACAGCAAAGACAGAGCUCGACAGAGCCGUAAGGACGACAAGAUCUUAAGUUAUAAUCGUGAUGAGGUGAAGCAGCAGCAAGCAGAAGUACUCUACUACAGCGUCGAGAAAGGCAAUAUGGUGCCACAGAUCAAACACAACCCUUGGAGUCUCAAAUGUCACCAGCAGCACUUACAGAGGAUGAAGGAGAACGCGAAGCACCGCAACCAAUACAAAUUUAUCCUCUUGGAGAACCUGACAUGGCGUUAUACAGUACCAUGUGUCUUAGACCUGAAGAUGGGAACACGCCAACAUGGUGAUGAUGCAUCUGAGGAGAAGAAAGCCAAUCAAAUUCGCAAGUGUCAACAGAGUACAUCUGCCUCCAUUGGAGUACGACUUUGUGGCAUGCAGGUGUACCAGUCAGACUCAGGCCAGCUCAUGUUCAUGAAUAAGUACCAUGGUCGUAAGCUGACUCUUGCAGGCUUCAAGGAAGCCCUGUACCAGUUCUUCCAUGAUGGGCAGCGGCUGCGUCGUGAGCUGUUGUCACCGGUGCUUCGCAGACUCAGAGAAAUGCAGGCUGGUCUGGAGAGCUGUGAAUCUUACCGAUUCUACUCCAGCUCAUUGCUCAUCAUCUACGAUGGAGACCACCCCAGAACUUCCACUAGACCAAGACAUCGUGGCGGGGAAGAGGGUGAUGAUGACGAGCUGUCAGAUGAUGAGGAUGAUGUGGAGGAAGGUGCCUUCGGUGUCUCCCGUUCAUCCUCAGCAGGUAGCAGUGCGGGUGUGGCUGGAGGAAGCAACAACAGUGGUAACAGUCGUUCAUCUCACGGUACAGGAGAAGCCAGCAGCUCCAUGGUGGACGUGCGCAUGAUUGACUUUGCCCACACUACCUGUCGACACUAUGGAGAAGACAGUGUGGUUCAUGAAGGUCAGGACAGUGGAUUCAUCUUUGGGCUUCAGAACCUGAUCACCAUCAUCUCCCAGCUGGAGGAUCACAGUACUGAGUGAGGGUGGGCCCGAGCCAACACGGUCUGAAUUACAAACCUGGGAAUAGCUCAGUAAGCUGAAACCCCACGUCUCCAAGGUGCAUUGUCCUCACGCCUGCAUGGGGGUCUGACCCUCCUCUGCUCAGGGGACACUCAGAAGACUCUGGGUCAGAGGAUUAGUGUGGUCGUUCCUGCACUCUCCGUAACCUGCCAGAAAACAGGGCUGCCUCUGCCCUCACUUGCACUUUUCUUUGUUUCUAAGAACUGCUCCUUUAAUUUAGGACUGUGUGAGAUUGAGUUCUGUCACUAGGACUCUCCUCCCCCUGUUCUGUAAGGCAGACAUGUUUCUUCAAUGUAAGUUCUCUCUGAGAGAGAAGGACUGUGGCAGAGACUAUUGAAGCUUAUGUAGUUCUAGGAGCCUGACAAGGUGCUUUUUCUGUUUUUCUUUGAUGUUUGGACUGAUGAUCCCCAACAGCACAGCACAAAAUAAUGGGGAUGCUGACUGUAGAAGCUGACCUUGGCUAACUAAGUCAGUAGCCUUGUACCAAAUAGACAAUUUAAGCUUUGAAUGCAGGUAUUUUGUGUUUAUCUUUGUGUCCGGUGGGACACUGAUAACGCACACAGUGUGCAUGUCCAUUGGGUAAGUGGAUUUACAGCAUCAACUCUUUUUUUUGGUGGAAGAAUAAGUUUGCAUCUAGAAGGGAUUUGCCUUUUUCUAUAUGUUAUUCUGUACUGUAUUUGCCUAGAAACAGAAAACAUGUUUAAAAGGGGAUUGCGAGGGGAUGUUUUCCUUGUUUUGUCACUUUUUUUUUUGUCUUACUUCCUCUGCUUCAUUCCCAAAACUGACGAAGCAAAGAGAAUAUAUUGAUUUUAUAAACCAAGCUACAAAGACUAUAUAGAGACUAUUUAUUUGAAAUGUUUGUUUAAAAAAAAGAAAAGGACAUUACAUUCCACACUACCACUUUAUGUGCGCUGUUGUGACAUGAACUUUGAUUUAUUUUGUUAUGGCAAGAGCAGAUGCCUCUUGUAUACCUGUGUGUUUAGUGUCCUGGAAAAUAAAGGCAUUAAUUUGUGGUAA